UGGGCCUCGUCGGUGCCGUGUGUCGUGUGGGGGUACCGCUGGUCGGUGGCUGUGGCUCGCGCGGACAUGGGGUAACGAUGUGGGCGGUGCAGCCAGUCUAGAGUGCGCGGCUCAGUGCAGGUGUCCCCGAGGGGCUGGUUUUGGUGGACGGUACCGAGAUGGGUAACACUGCGACCUCGAAGAAGGGCGACGCGUCGGAAAACGUCAAGGAAUUCCUAGAGAAGGCUAAGGAAGAUUUCGAAGAAAAAUGGAAAAACCCUUCCAAGAACACCGCGGCACUCGAGGACUUCGACCUGCUGAAGACCCUGGGCACCGGAUCGUUCGGCAGAGUGAUGCUGGUGCAGCACAAAGCCGGCAAGGACUACUUCGCCAUGAAGAUCCUAGACAAACAGAAGGUGGUUCGCCUGAAGCAAGUCGAGCACACUCUGAAUGAGAAGCGAAUUCUCCAGGCGAUCAGCUUCCCCUUCCUUGUUAGUCUGCAGUACCAUUUUAAGGACAACAAAAACCUGUACAUGGUUUUAGAGUACGUACCCGGUGGAGAGAUGUUCUCUCAUCUUAGAAAAAGCGGCAGGUUUAGCGAGUCGCACUCCCGGUUCUACGCGGCCCAGAUCGUGCUGUCGUUCGAGUACCUGCACUACCUGGACCUCAUCUAUCGGGACCUGAAGCCCGAGAACCUGCUCAUAGACAGCCAGGGAUACAUCAAGGUCACUGACUUCGGGUUCGCCAAGCGGGUCAAGGGCAGGACCUGGACGCUGUGCGGCACCCCCGAGUACCUGGCACCAGAGAUCAUCCUCAGCAAGGGCUACAACAAGGCGGUGGACUGGUGGGCGAUGGGCGUCCUCAUCUACGAGAUGGCCGCCGGCUACCCGCCCUUCUUCGCCGACCAGCCCAUCCAGAUCUAUGAGCGGAUCGUGGCCGGAAAGGUGCGCUACCCGUCCCACUUCAGCUCGGAGCUGAAGGACCUGCUGCGCAACCUGCUGCAGGUCGACCUCACCAAGCGCUACGGCAACCUCAAGAACGGUGUCAACGACAUUAAGGGACACAAGUGGUUCGCCACCACCGACUGGAUCGCCGUCUAUCAGAAGAAGGUGGAGGCGCCGUUCAUCCCCAAGUGCAAGGGUCCGGGCGACACGUCCAACUUCGAUGACUACGAGGAGGAGCGGUUACACGUGUCCUCCACGGAGAAAUGUGCCAAGGAGUUCGCCGACUUCUAGCGGCGACGUCCGACAGACCGAACCAAGUGCCCUGCGCGGCCGGAGCGCCGCGAAACGCCCGGAGACGGGCCAUAGUCAGCGGCCAGCGCGGCGCGCGUGGCCGGCCGCGCCCGGGCCGCCUCCUGCCCGACCCACCCCCGAUCAUUAUGCUAUUUUCUGUGUAAUUACUGGGUUUUAUAUUGGACGCGACCCGUCUGCCGAGAGCGAGUGCGAGUGGUGCGCGCGUGGCGGCCGGAGCGCGCUGGACAGGACGGACGUGGGCCGCCGCGCCGGCCAGAGAGUGAGUGGGAGCCAGAGUGGGAGAGAGCGCCCGCCGCCGACGGCGGUCGGACGGACCGCGCGUGUAUGCGUGUCUGCCCAUGCCGCCAUAGAGACUAUUUAACAGUAAUGUUGUACAAACCCCGCAGCUGACCUAAUCUCAUCAAAUUCUGUCCUAUGUGACGGGCCGCGUGACGCGUGACGCGCCCGCCGCCGCCGCCGUUACGCAGCUGUUGGUGUGUGUGCCGCCGUGACGGAGCUGCGCCCCGGGCCGCGGCGACACGCGCUGUGCCGCCGCACUGACGACGGCGUUCGGAUGCAGGGGGUGUUCUCUAGCGGACAAUAUGGGCAGCCUCGGUAUCUGUUCGUCAGUGUUCAUUGUUGUAGUUACAGCUGCGUUCAUAUUCUGUGAUUUAGUUGGAGAUUUUCAUUAAUACAUUAAAGUAUAUUGAGAAUCGCCAA